GAUAAUUUUAAUUGAAUUGAAACCCCUACAAAAUGCAGAUAACACUUGCAGGUUGCCCUUAUCGUGCACUCGGGGCACGGGCGCUUCCGCAGCGAGGCACAGGGCCAACUGGGUCACGACUUGUGGCCCUCGCCCGGCGCAAGGGAGGCGGUGGUGCCAGCAAGGAAUUGCAGGAGCUUAAGCAGGAGAAGGCGGCGGCGCCCGCUCCGGCCCCUGUCGCUGCGCCCGCCCCGGCUGCCCCCGCUGCGGCGUCCACACCUUCCCCUGCCCCCACGCCCGCUGCACCCACGCCGGCGCCUGCGCCUGUGAGCAGCAGCGCCCCGACCAACUCCCCAGCCCCUGCCUCGACACCUGCUGGCGACAACAAUGUCGGCAACGGGAUAUUCGACAGCCUGCUGUUCCGGAUCCUGGGAUCCGUCACCGCCAUCAUGGCCGUAAUCUCAAUCUUUUACUCAAUUGUGUUCUACGGCGCCUCCAACAUCACGUACGUGUUCAAGGACCAGCUGGCCGCCAUCACCCGCAAGGACUUUGUGCCGUACUCGGAGCGCCGCCGCAUGGAGCAGGAGGUGCUGGCUAAGCUGGAGGCGGAGCAGGCGGAGCGGAUACAGGGCAAGAGCGCGGCGGCUGCCGGCUCGCAGGCCUCCGCCGACACUCCGGUCGUGUCGUCCGUUCCUGACACCUCCUCACCAGAUGAGCUGCUGAACCUGCUGCCCAACAAGGCCAAGCAGUAGAGUGGGUUGGCAGCAGCGGUUGGACAGGGGCAGAAAAGAAGGUGCUUCACUGAAUCUUGAGGUGUUCUGGUAUGGUAUGUCUUGGAGGUCAGGGUGCUGUGAGCGCUGCACUAGUGGCCGUUGGUGGCUGGGAGGUCAGGAGGUGGAGUGUUGGCAGUAGGCUGCACUUCAAGUUCCCAAGGAAGAUCAGCAACACUUGUCGGCAUGAAAAGCUGAAGCAACUGGCAAGUGCCAGGUGCUGAUACCGGCGACCCUGCUACACAUAGGUUACUGCACUAGGUUGUUGAGGGAUACGUGAGCGGGAGGAGGGAGUGAGGGACGCGUGACGGCGUGAGGCUGUCGGAGACGCGUCAGAAGAGAAUGUGUGGUACAAAAAGGUAGCAUAUAAGCAGGAGCGUGAUACGGUUUUGGGAGUACC